GAGGCUGGCACUUCAUAUGGCGCACACGCACCCAACGCCGGUGCUGGUGGCAGUCAGGGCGGCCCGGCGGACGUCAAAGGGCCAUCGUACGGCGGUGACGAGGACAAGGACGAUGAAGGUGGCAGUGGUGGUUUCGGUAACCCUGACGAGUAUGGCUUUAAAGGAGCAGGUUGCGAGGCAGCAUACGUUCAGGGAGGCGGGACGGACGACGGCGACGGCGAUGGUGAGGAGCAGCGGCGGCGGCGUCCCAGGUCUGAUGAUGGCGACCUACCCGCCUAUCGCUCUGCAGCCGUAGGAAACUUCAAGUUUGAGUAUCUGGAUCACACGGCGGAUGUGCAGCUGCACGCAUGGGGCGCUGACCUGAAGGAGGCGUUCGAGCAGUGCGCCCUGGCCAUGUUUAACUACAUGUCGCCAAUAAAGCAUGUACGGCUGCAGGAGAGCAGGACGUACCGCAUGGAGGGUCACGACCUGCCCUCCCUGCUGUACGCCUUCCUGGACGAGCUGCUGUUCGUGUUCGCCACGGAGCUGUUCCUGGCUGCCUCCGUGCGCAUCACGUCCUUCGACCGGGAGUCCUUCGUCAUCGAGGCAGAGGGGUUUGGGGAGACCUUUGACCGCACCGUACACGAGGUUGGGACGGAGAUCAAGGCGAUCACGUACAGCGCUAUGUCAAUCGGAGAGCGAGAGGGAGAUGCAGAGAUCUUCGUCAUUGUGGACAUCUAGGCAGCCACCUGGCUGUGACACCUAAUG